AUGUACAACGCUAUAACUUUUCUAGUUCUUCACGCACUGUUGUGGCAGCACGCCUACACUUAUUGUGCGGGAUCCAGACCCAGUCCUCGGUAUCCAAGCCCUACUAACCCAACGUUUCCGCAAAGACCAUGCGCUUCUAGCUCCAGUGGACCGGAAGUGGCCGAUGGGUUAACAUCAUCAGGAGUUGGAACCGUCUCAGUCUACGGCGAUAUGCCAGUAUCAGGUGCAACACAACUCCAAGGCCAGGUACCAGUGAUGGGUGUCGCCAGGUUUUCUGGCAGCGUGCCAGCCUAUGGCACUGUCACCAUAUGUGGUAGCUGUAGUUGUGGGUGCGAUUAG